AUGGCUACCCCCAGUGUCCUCGCUUUUGACGCUGACGGUCGGGCCAUUGACUUUGACGUCUGGGUAGAUGACCCGCAGCUUUUCCUACAGUGCGAUAGGGCAGACGGUCUCUCCCUCUUUGACCUCACUUCUGGUGCCUCUCCUGCCCCUGCUGCUGAUGCUGACGCGACUGUUCGCUCACAGUGGGCCACACGCGAUGCUGCUGCACGUCUUGUUGUGCGCCGCCACUUGCCCACCGCUGAGCGUGCACACUUUAGUCAGUGUAAGAGUGCUAGAACCUUGUACGACGCUGUAGUUGCACGCUACUCUUCCCCUGCCACUGCUGCACUUAGCCGCCUCAUCCUGCCAUACCUCUUCCCUGACCUCGCCGCUUUUCCCACAGUCGCUGACCUCAUUACACACCUUCGCACUAGUGACAUUCGUUAUCGCGCUGCCCUUCCCGCUGAGUUCUGCGCCAAGAACCCCCCCCCUAUGUACAUCACCCUCUACUACAUAGUCACCCGGCUCCCUGACACCCUUCGCCCGGUCCGGGACCACUUUCUCUCUGUUUGCCCCACCACCCUCAUCGUUGACCUCCUCGAGGAGCGCCUCCUAGCGGCAGAGAAGAGCAUAGCCGCUUUAGGAGCCUCUCGUGGUGAUCCUCGUGCCCCUGUCUUUGAGGGGUGCUCCCCCUCUCCCCUCUUGCCCUCUGUUGCCUCUGCUGCUGCGGCCGACCUCGUUGGUCUUGAGUCGGUCGCGGGGGCGGUGGAGGCGGCGGUGGAGGCGGCGGAGGGGGUGGGGGUGGCGGUGGGGGUGGUGGCGGGGGUGGGGGCGUCGGUGGCGGCAGUGGAGGCGGUGGCGGCGGUGGCGGUAGGAGCGGAGGUGGCGGAGGUGGCAGCGGUGGAGGAGGCGGCGGCGGAGGAGGUGGGGCUGGUCGGGGUGGCGCUGCGCAGAGGGUCGGCUCCGGUGGUGGAACCGAGCAAGAUGAUUGCAGCUGCUCCUGCUACCGUUACCAUCGAGGGUCUCCAUGGUCAACUCGUCACCUUCCCCGCUGAUUCUGAAGCACUGCGAGGAAGUCAAGGCUGGCGGUCCGUAGGUGGCGACGAGGAUACCGACGAGGAAAGCGACUCGGCAGAAGAGGAGGAUGAUGUUGCUGAAGAUGUAGGAGGUAAUCAGCAACUGCCGUUCGAGCCGGUGCUGGUGGGAGGUGACGCUGAAGCCGUGAAUGGCUACGAGCAAGGUGAUGCUGGAGCCGGUGUUGGUAACAUGCAAGCAGAUGGUCGAGGCGCUAACGGCAACGGGCAGUUAGUCACUGGAGGCGCAUCUGGCAACGCUCAAGCCUUCGCUGGAGGCUCCGACGGCAACGUGGAGCUCUCCGCUGGAGCCACGGCUGGCAAUGCUCAAGCCGUCACAGGAGCCCCCGCUGCUAGAAAUGUGGUGCCGACUCGGGGACACCGAUCUGCACGUAAUGUUACUUGCCAAAAGACGCAGCAGCAGAUUGAAAAGGAGAGGGAUGAGCUGCAACAACAGGUUUCUGAGCUUCGGGAUGAGAUUCAGGCGUUUCGAUCCGGAGCGCGCGAAAUAGAUGGACCUGACGACGUGGACGACCCCCGAAUCAACAUAGACAAGCUGCCGAAGGUGGAGGGGAAAAUCCACAUUCCCACCAGCUUGUCCAAUGACGAGGCGUUCGCGAAUAAUGCGCUCGCCGUGUACGUCAUGAUGAUUACUGCUGAGCCGGCAAAGUCGAUGCAGUUCUACCCCGAUUGCUGGUUCCUUUGA